ACAGAUCCUAAAUCUCGUUCUCGACGACGGAAAGCAAAGUAGCUGGCUAGGUCCAAGAUCGAAGCUUUGGAUUUGUAAACCCGUCCUUAUAGGUUGUGUUUUACAGUUUUAGCUUCAUUUAGUUCCAAUGGAAUCUGUUCCACCAUCUCCCAUUACAUGGCCAGAUGGGGGAGGUCUCACCAACGAGUGGGUACAUGGGCUUAUGUCGUCUUUCCAAUGGUCUUCAUGGAAUCUACCUCCUUCCCAGUUACCUUCACUUUUGCCAGUCAGCGUCUUUGAUUCCCUCGUCCUCACCGCUUCCAAAAUCCUCCACAAAGAGCGCAACUGCGUUCAUAUCGAUGGCCUUGAUUCUGAGUCCAACGUUGUUGUGGUUGGUGACAUUCAUGGUCAGCUCCAUGACCUUCUCUUCCUAUUGAAAGAUACUGGCUUUCCUUGUCAAAACCGGUUUUAUGUAUUCAACGGCGACUAUGUGGAUCGUGGUGCUUGGGGACUCGAGACCUUCCUUGUUCUCUUGUCCUGGAAGGUUCUGAUGCCGGACAGAGUCUACCUACUCCGUGGUAAUCAUGAAUCAAAGUAUUGUACAUCUAUGUAUGGUUUUGAAAAGGAGGUGCUCACAAAAUACGGAGACAAGGGAAAACAUGUUUACCGCAAAUGCUUGGGUUGCUUUGAAGGUCUUCCUUUGGCUUCCAUAAUUUCUGGACGUGUUUAUACAGCACAUGGAGGGCUUUUCCGCAGCCCAGUCUUGCCUAAGAGAACAACAAGGGGGAAAAAGAACCGUCGGGUAGUUCUUCUGGAACCUGAGCCGAGCUCGUUGAAACUCGGUACCUUAGAUGAGUUGAUGCAAGCUCGAAGAUCAGUUCUUGAUCCUCCUUGGGAAGGUUCAAACUUGAUUCCCGGGGACGUUUUAUGGUCUGAUCCUUCAAUGACUCCGGGCCUUUCACCAAAUGAACAGAGAGGCAUUGGUCUUCUCUGGGGUCCCGAUUGUACAGAGGAUUUUUUGAAGAAAUAUGAACUAAAGUUGAUCAUCAGAUCACAUGAAGGUCCAGAUGCUAGAGAGAAGAGAACUGGUCUUGGUGGGAUGGACAAAGGAUAUACAAUAGACCACAAUGUCGAAUCCGGAAAGCUUAUCACUAUUUUCAGUGCACCAGACUAUCCACAAUUCCAAGCAACAGAAGAGAGGUACAAAAACAAAGGAGCAUAUAUUAUUUUGCAGGCGCCUGAUUUCUCCGAUCCUCAAUUUCAUAGUUUCGAGGCUGUUAAACCGCGACCAAAGGCGCAUCCGUAUUAUGACUUUGAAAAUGUGAUUGAUUCUGAUGAUGAGAUGGAUAAGUCGGCACUGGACACCAAUGACGAACAACCAAAUCGCUGACCGAUCUUGGAAAUAGCUGAAAAGGAGAAAGCUUGAAGUGAAGUGUUUUUACAGUUCAUUAUUUACAAAAUGAAAAUGAAACCAAAUGUAAAGAAAAAGGAUGAAGAAAACCAUUUGUAGAAUUAACAUUUAUUUAUGGAUGGAAAAGAUGAAGAAAUACGAAACCAUCUUCAGUCUCAA